AUGAGUAUUUCGAAGGUUCGUGUGAAUGGUAAGUUGUCGUGUGAUGGUGUGUUCACGUGGGAUCAUUCUGUGUCUUAUGCCGACUCCGCCUCUACCUCAAUUGCCAUUCUGUUCACACAUCUGAAGGAGUUCCUCCAGUUUCACCUGCAUCAGCAGGGUUACGAUAUCAAUGAUGCACCUACUGAACCCCAGCUAAUCUGGACACCUUCUGACGAUCAAAACUGGAGUUUAGACUCAGAAUCGAUGACGCUGGACUUCCUAUGCGAGCUGGCUGACCAUUUCGGGGAACUGAAGAAGAGCGAAAGUGAAGUUGUUCUCUCGGAUGUAAAUUUGAUCUGUUGGAUUUUUAAUCCGCAUCCAUUCACAAUGGUGGAUAAAAUUCUCUCAAUUGGGCUUCGGAUGCCUCCUAUGGAACUGCUGAGUAGUUUGCAGUCAUUCAUCUCCAAUCAUCCCCAGAUGGAACUUGAUGUGCACAAGUUGUGUCGUUUCGCUUCGCAGCAGUCAGACCGCAAAGGGAUCGAGCCUGUGGGAAAGAAGCUAUCCGAUCUCAUCUCUGAAGAACCUCCUAUCGAUCCAUCAUCCACUCUUGGACAAUUCUGCCGAGACAAGAAGGACCUAUCUGAGUGCAUGCAUCUGCCUUCUCAUCAGCUACACGACAAAAUAACAUUCUCAUUGAGCGGAAUCAGACGAGUUGUUCGUGGUGACGCCACUACGAAUUAUGACGUCAGAAGUUGCUAUCUGGAAGCAGCUCUCUUCUUCGGACACGACUCCCGCUCAUCUUCGGUUCCUCUGGCUGAGAAUGGAUACCCCUGGAACCUGUCGGCAAUCGUGAGGAGUCCCCAAUGGGAUGUGAACAAGUUGACGGGGGGGUCUGGAGUCCACUGGGAAUGCACAUUCAAUGUUUCUCUCAGUGCGCUUCCCAAACAAACACGACUCUGCAUAUCUUUCAAUUACAUUCCGCGAGUGUUGCGGGCGUGCAUGUACAAGGCACUAGCGAGGAAGUUCUUCUUCGACUACAACGAGAACUCGACACUGUUCUCCUCAGUGGUAGACUGGAAUGCGUUCUACGGUGGGGAAGAGCAGAUGAAAAUGGACUCGCUGGUCGAAUCAUAUCUCAUCAUUCCAUUGUUCGACUCCAAUGGAUCCUUCAUUCUUAGUAGGAGCGAUCUCAACUUCUGGUCUUUUCCAAGCAGUGAGAUGGAUAUCAACAUACUUUGCUCUCCAAUUGGCUCAAUCUAUCAGCCAAUGGGAUGUGGUCUAUCAAAUGAUGACACUGCAUUGUUAGUCGUGUCCAGUUUGCGCUGUGACUCCUUUGGAAAAUUGGAGUUAGGGACUAGCCUUGCUAUUAAAUAUUCAAGAUUUCCUCGUAGUGAUGAGAGUGCCGAAGAUAAAAUACUGCCAGAUUUACAAAAAACUGCCAGUAGCGACCUACACGACUUUUUCAAGGAAUUUGAUUGGUCCAAUAAAAGGGAAGUGGACCAAUUAGAAACGGAGUUGGAUAUUCUGAAUAAUGAUGACGUGUCGGCUAAAGAAAUCAAGAGUGUCCCAAUUUGGCUGUGCUUGAAACUGUUGACCUACAAGUACACCAGCGAAGCUGUGAGGAAGUUUGCUAUUCGAAAUCUGAAAAGAAUCGACAACAAAAUGUUGCGUCCGCUUAUGACUGCUUUAGUUCAGGCGCUCAAAUUUGAGACUUCAGUGGACAAUGAAGUAGUUCAUUUUCUGUUCACACGCGCCCUCUCCCACUCCCAGUUGGGCUACCAGCUCUGCUGGAUUCUUCUGGUCGAGUGUGAACAUACUCACUAUCGGGGCUUGUACGUUCUGCUGUUGCAGACGUUCUUACAAAACUGCAAACCACGAAUAUGUCAUCAAUUUUUGAAAGCUCUUUUGACCGACCGAGAGAUGUCAAAAUGGGCCAAAAGUGUUCAAUUAGCCUACCACAAAUAUUCGCCUCAAGCGGCCCACUACUCGCUCAUGCGAAACAUAUCCGCUUUCGAGGGAUCCCCAGUGCCGUAUGAGUCGGCUAGAAGUUGCUUCUACGUAUCGGUCGAUUCCUGGAACUGCUUCAAUGACAGCUCAACUUCGAAUGAAGUCAGCAAAAAGGAAAAAUUUGUAGUGCCCGUAUGCAAUUUGUACAAUCCGCGUGACAAUGUAGUUUCAAUUGACAAAGCAAAAUGCAAAAUUAUGAACUCUAAAAAGCUGCCACUUUGGCUGACGUUUCAUCGGCGCAAAAAGGCAGACGAUGGCUCCAAAAAAAACCCCCAGACCAAUUGCUCCCUUGAUGAUAACGAUUGUACCGAGUAUCCAAAGAUUAUUGGAAACUUCACAACAGAUGAAUAUGCAGAAAUUUCUCCAGAGAACAACCUUCUAUCCGAAACUGACAAGUUCGAAUCAAUAUCGAAUGCAGAUACUUUUUUCACCUUCUCCGAAUUCUCUUCAGCUGAUCAAAUUAGUAUAAGUAGUAAAAAUGAAGCCGAGUUUGAAGAAAAUGACCCGCGAGCAACUUUGACGACUUUCCUGUCGUUUCCCGAGCGCAACAACUCGCUCGGAUCUAGUUCGUGUCGCGACAGUAUUGCGAGUUUUUCUAGCAUUAUGGACGAACCUGACGAAACAGAACCGUCGUUGCCACCGAGUGACGAUUCGCAGUCUCCUGAUUUGGCUAAGUUUAGCUUGUCGGGGUUUGCGAGGCUUACUCGGAGCCCUUGCGAAUUUCUGAAGGUGUUCAACUCGUUGGUCGGUGGGAGCUCGCAAAUUUAUGAAAUCAGGUGGAGUGCUGAACGAUUAAUGCGCAGUGAGAUUGGCAGACUGAGAACUGCGGGAAGGAUCCUCGCAAGCGGCAGCAUCGCUUCCGAACACUCUCAAGUCGGAACAUUCGCAACCACAGGAGACAGUGUGAAGGAAUGGCGAUCGAUUCCUACUUCUCAGACAAGCAUGAACGAACAGACCGCCUCUGCUUCAAGAGGAGAGCAACGAAACAGCCUUUCUGCCCAAUCAUCAGUCGAAGAACAAGUGAGUGAUUUUGAAAAGACUGUGCUGAUUGACCCCGUGGGCUUCAUAGAGGACAGCUUCACAGUAGUGUGGGUGGAGCAGGGUAGAGGUGAAGGAGGAGGUCAAAGGUCAAGUGGACUGCAGAGGGAAGGCAGCACAGACUCGACAAAUGGGACAACAGAGAAAAGAGGCUCGAGUGUGAAAGAUCUGCGAUUGCCGGCGAAUGAUGUUUCAAGCCAAUCAGAGGCGAGAUUUUCAUCUCGCGAGGAGAAGAAGGAAGAGGCGAAAGAGAAAGUGUGUGAAAUGAUUUACAAAGCAGGCGAUGACCUCAGACAGGAUGUCCUCGUCAUGCAAAUGUUCCAGCUAAUGCUGAAUAUUUGGAAGGAACACCCCAUGACGAAGCAUAUCAUUCUGAGGAAGUAUGGAUGUGUGGCCUCCAGUCAGAACACAGGGGCCAUAGAAGUGGUCCAAGACGCAGUGACCCUCUGCAAAACGCAGAAUAUCUACAACAGCCGAUUGAACAGGGGCAAGAUGUCGUGGGACAAAGAGUCCCUCAAACGCUGGCUGGAGGAGAACAACCCCCCGGAGAAGAUGCCAAGAGUGCUGGACAGGUUCUUCUGGUCUGCCCUCGGCAGCUGCGUUGCCACCUUCAUUCUGGGGAUCGGAGACCGGCAUUCGGACAACAUGAUGAUAGAGAGAGAUGGAACCUUUCUACACAUAGACUUCGGACACAUGCUUGGAAACUUCAAAAAGUUCAAGAUGAUUGCACGGGAGACCACGCCCUUCUUUUUCACGCCAGACAUCGUUGAAGUCCUGGGUGGAUUUGACAGUGCCAACUACAUCAAGUUCAAAAUGUACUUUGUGCAAGCCCACACGAAGAUCCGAGACCAUGCUGAUCUGUUCAUUGCCCUAUUCGAACUGAUGCUGGGUGCGGGUAUGCCGGAGUUGCGAUUUGCAGAGCACAUCAAUUUUCUCAGGGACAAAACACUGUUGGUUGGGACAGAAGACAGGGGUAAAAGUGUACAGCAGAAGAUCAUGGAUGUGUUUGAUGCGGCGGCCACGAACCAGCGCCAGAUUUUGAACCAGCGCAUUCACCAGUUGAAAUAACAGAAAGCACCCAGAUUCAGUAUCUUUUUACGUUCAAGGACGACUUUUACGCGGAAUCAUAUAAAACCCGGAUAACAACUAAGAAAACUGAUCGACACUUGUCAGCUUCUUGCCAAAAAAUUUAUUGAAAAAUUGUCAUUGUGAAUACUAAAUUUUGGUACAAAAAUGAGUACGUGAAUAUUUUCGAGAAGAAUAGUAUUUUGAGAAUUCUGGUAUUUUAAGUUUAAAAG